AUGAGUAAUAUACCGGUUAAAUUAUUGAGUGAAGCACAGGGGCAUGUGGUUACUAUUGAACUGAAUAACGGUGAUACAUAUAGAGGUAAGCUUGUGGAGAGUGAGGAUAAUAUGAAUGUACAACUGCGAGAUGUUAUGGUAACGAGUAGCACUCAGAAGCUAUCCAGGAUGGACCAUGUAUUUGUAAGAGGGUCUCACAUACGGUUCUUUGUUGUGCCAGAUAUGUUGAAGAACGCACCGCUAUUCAAGAAAAACCAAUCUAGACAACCACCACCAGUCAGAGGACCAAGGAGAAGAUGA